GGAAGCCACCAGUGACACACGCAUUUGCUCAAGAGGCGCUCGUACAUUCUAUAUUUGUUUGCCUUUAUCUUACGGUCUUUUGUUUUUUUUGUGCUGCUGUGCCUGCAAGGAUUUAUUGGUGCCAUUAUGAUGUGCGCGGAAUACCGGCAAACCACAAAGCAAUACCCGGAUAUGUGGGACACCCCUCUCCUGCUGCAUCACGAACCGAGCUCACGGCAAACCUCAUACAGCUACGGCGAAAUGUACAGAAAUACUGCCUCAGUCAGCGAAUGGGAAGGGAAGGAAUGCGUCGCCUGGGCCAGCAGCGUGUGUCACCGUCGGGGCCUCGACCAGAACGAUGUCAUUUCUUUCGGGACUCUCAACGGGCGCCUUCUGUUUGAGUUCUCCCAGCAGGACUUCUGCAAUCGUCUGGGGAACGAUGUUGGCAGAGUAUUUUACGAAGAAUUUCAGGAUGUCGUCCACAGACGAAACAUGCGAGAGAGCGACAGCCACGACUCGGGCGACGAAGGAAAUCUCGUCGUCGACCUUAGCCAACAGCAUUACACCUACGAAGACCUCGACUCCCAACUGUCGCAGCCCAUCGACCUAAGCAAGCGCUGCUCCUCCGCGGAUGAGAACGGCGGCAGAGACGACGGGGGCGACGCGCAUCACCACCUAGGUGCGUGUUGCAAGGCGGACAGCGAGCUCGCGUCUUCGGGUUCAAUGGAUGAGGAAGGACAGUCUGACACGUAUUUAAACAGAAUUUCAACCAACAGAAGAAGACACCGCGGCCCCAAGAGCUGGGAAUUCCUGAUGCGCUUGCUGGCCGACGAACGAACGAACCCGUCAGUGAUCAAGUGGGAGGACCAAUCAGCAGCGACUUUCAGGCUCAUUCAGCCUCAUUACAUCGCCAAGCUGUGGGGGAAGCGAUCAGGCAGACCGGAGCUCACCUAUAAUAACUUUGCCCGGGCUCUAAGGUACCAUUAUAAGAAGGGCCAGCUGGUCAAGGUAUCAGAGAGACAGUUGGUCUACGGCUGUGGUCCCGACGCACUCCUCUUCGUGAACCAACUUGUUAACAACGAGAGACCAGCUGAAGAGACCAGGGGUUUAGGGGAAGCCUCGUAUAGUGGUCUAAAAAGAUGAAUGUUACGAAUGGAACCGGUGGCUUUUUCUUUUCAUUCUGUGUUAUCACGUGAUAGUGAUAUUGUGAUAUUAGUGAUGAUGGACAGUAUCGUUAUUUUUGCUGUAGAGGAGCGAUGCCGUUAGUUGUGGAGUUGCAAAUGAUAUUGUCGAGUGUAAUUAAUUGCCUGAAAAUAUUUAUUGAUUUUUUUUUUUU